CAUUUGCGUCGCAACCCUACAUUCUUUUUUCUUUUUGUUUCUACCAACAUUUAACAUAAAUGUCGAUCCAUUGUUGUUCAGGUAACGACGGGAUCUCAGAGAAGGAAAUCACUGUCAAUCUUACGACUGAUUGUGCCAGGUCCCCAAAUUGAGUGGGGCUUGUAAUGAGGAAGAGUGCGGCAGGAGAGUACAUCAAAGGCUGCUUCAGACCAGUCCGUGUUCUCUCACUGCUUCUUCUCGUCAUUACUCUGAUUGUUUUAUUCAAAGAACUUUGGAGGCGAAACGAACCUGCAAAGAAGCCUCCUCCACCAGCUCUUGACCUUGGCUGCCUGUAUACAGUACACCCUCCACAGGGAACCCAGGCGUGGCAGCUUAUAUCAUUCAUUAUAAGUCCAACGCCAAAGCAGAAAUGCCAUGUUGAUGCGUGGAACACCAUCUGUGGCACAGGGCAUGGUGCCUCCAACUUUCGAAUACAAGCCUUUGGUUCUCAUGAAAUGGUUACAGGAAAAGUUCAUCACAUUGCAAAUGAUACUUACAACGCCACUCUGCUGUUAACUUUCGCGGAUGAGUAUAUAAUCUUGGUCAUUUUGACUUAUGUAAAUAACGACAGUCUUGAGUAUCGAUAUCACGCGAAAGCUGUUUUACAGCAUGUGCUGAACAGUCCCUUUGAUCUGACUGUUACCCGGGGUCCGCCUCCGCGAGAUCACACUCGUUAUUGCACUCGGGAGGAAAGUGGAACUUUCCAAGGAAGGUGGGUGGAAUGCGGAAGUAUCCCAGGAAUCGAGAGAUGCAGUCAGUGGCAGCUUGACCCCGCUUACGACUUCGAUCAAAUCCACGGUUUUCAUUGGCUGCCAUAUUUUUGCCAGUUGCAUCACUACAGCAGCGAUGAGAUCAAAAAAUGUUUUGCAAAGCAAGGUUGGUCCGAGGUCGUUUUCACUGGAGACUCGCACAUGCGCUAUAGAACGUAUCACUGGGUGACACGACUGCAUGGCUCCUGUCACGGUUGUAUUAAAACGCACGUAAAAAUGGUGUUUGACAAGAUCCCACGCAUUGAGUGGGUAUUUGAUGCGCGUGGAACGCGAUGGCCACUUACGUUUCCAAACAUCUCAAUGCCCCACGAGGUUUACGUCCACCCAAGAACAAGACGGUCUAUGUUCUCCAAAGGACUACCAUCAUCCGUAUUCAGCGGUAAACUGUUUCUUAUGAACUUUGGGCACUGGAUUUUGCGAGAGAGCACAAAGGAAACAUUCAUAAGAGAUAAAAUUCACGCCUUUCUUGAGGCAAUUCGAGUAAUGAACCGAACAGGUGAAGGGAAAAAGAGAUUUAUAUGGUUAAACACAGUAAGUCUACCUUGGAGAGAAGAUCAGGCGAUGGUAGAAUGGCUAGAAAAUCCAUCCCCGACGCGCGUGGCGCAACUAAACAGUCUGACAGACCAGGUUAUCAGGGACAAUGGCGUUCAGAUCAUCGAUGCGUUCCAGAUAUCAAAUAGUCGCAUAGGCGCCACACACGACCAGACACAUUAUGCAAAGAGGAUGGAGAGGGGGGACUGUGGAGGAGUGGUGGAAAAUGCCAUCAGUAAUGUUAUAGCUAAUUCUCUAUGUAACUAUGACAAGUGGUAAGGUAGUUGUUACUAAUGAGUGCACGCCUCUCACGUUUAAAAGGCGACUGGAUUCUACAUAAAGAAGGUGAGAGAUGCUUCGGGAUUACUAACUUCAAAUCACUUAGGAGUUGACCCAAUGAUCCUUAAGUUCUCUCAUCCGUGACAAAAAAAAUAUUUAAAAGACAAAACGAAUAAAUGAAUAGAUGGAUAAA